AGCGACAACGGCUCUGACCGUCUGGCAGGCCGCGUGGCGCCCGCGCCGGCCUUCCUGCAGGGGACUCCACCGGAGCCUUGCCAAUUCCGUUUGUUUCCCUGUUGUCGCCCGCUUCACCCUGGAUCAUGUUCAAGAAGUUUGAUGAAAAGGAAAGUGUGUCCAACUGCAUCCAGUUGAAAACGUCAGUUAUUAAGGGCAUUAAGAGCCAACUGGUAGAGCAAUUUCCAGGUAUUGAACCAUGGCUUAAUCAAAUCAUGCCUAAGAAAGAUCCUGUCAAAAUAGUCCGAUGCCACGAACAUACAGAAAUCCUUACCGUAAGUGGGGAAUUACUGUUUUUUAGACAAAGAAAGGGGCCUUUUUGUCCAACUCUAAGGUUGCUUCACAAAUACCCUUUUAUCCUGCCACACCAGCAGGUUGAUAAAGGAGCUAUCAAAUUUGUACUCAGUGGCGCAAAUAUUAUGUGUCCAGGUUUAACUUCUCCUGGAGCUAAGCUGUACCCUGCUGCGGUAGAUACGAUUGUAGCAGUCACAGCGGAAGGAAAACAGCAUGCUCUGUGUGUUGGGGUCAUGAAGAUGUCUGCAGAAGAUAUUGAGAAAGUCAACAAAGGAAUUGGCAUUGAAAAUAUCCAUUAUUUAAAUGAUGGGCUGUGGCACAUGAAGACAUAUAAAUGAGCCUCAGAAGGAAUGCAUUUGGGGGGCUAAAUGUGGAUAUUGAUUGUGUCGUAUGUGUGUUUGUGUCUGUGUGUGACAGCGUGAAUACAAUGCCUCUGUGGUUAUGCUAAAUAAGUUUAACAGAUACUUUAUAGAAAACAAAUCAGGGUGCUCUUACCACAGAUGAAAAAACAAAUUAGGGGACAAGCAGCAAGCAGUCUGCUACACUCUGGAAUGUGAAAGGAGUGUCUGGACUCUGUGACUCCCGGCAAACUCCACAGCCUCUAGUUGUCUUCUUAGGAAGCUUGGAAGCAAUUGAGAAGGGUCUAACAUCAAGAUGUCUACCACAGGGCCCCCCACAAAAGCAGCCUCGGGGACUCCGGCCUUUCCUUGAGACCUGCAUCUCUUCCCUUCUUCAUCGCCUGCUAGUGAACUGAGACUGCCGCUAACCUUCUUCAUCCUUUGGUGGCAAAGUAGAAAGAUUCCAGAAUUAACUCGACCUUUCUAAAGACCUGGGCUCAGUGGCAGCUGGCACUGACUGAGCACCCGCUAUGUGCCAGGCACUGUGCUGAAUGCAUUGUAAGGACUGUCUUACUUAUUCCCCCACAGCAGCCCUAAGAAGGGGUGCUGUUAUCCCCUUUUUACAGAUAAGAAAACUGAAGCUCAGAGAGGGCACUGCCUUCCCCAAGGU